UCUAACGGACGUCGUAUCACUGGAUGCCGAAGAGUGCAAUCGGUCGGUUUUCAGAGAGUGAAGGAGAUCGUCGGUCACUGGAUAGGAAAAUUUUCAGGCGUGGAGGCAGCAGCACCACUCCCAGCACCUGUGACCGCAGGGAUGACCCGCGUAGGAAACCACACAAACAGCAGUGACCCACAGUCGGUCAACAGCAGAGUAUUCGUUGGAAAUCUGAACACAUACGUCGUCGGAAAGGAAGAAGUGGAACGAAUUUUUAGUCGCUAUGGACGACUCAUUGGCAUAUCCAUGCACAAGGGAUAUGCAUUCGUACAGUACACAGACACGUGGGAUGCCAGGAAUGCUGUGGUUGGAGAGGAUGGAAGAACUGUUGCAGGACAACUCCUUGACGUGAACAUGGUGUCUGAACCAAAGCCUCAUCAAGUGAACAGGAAGAGGCCAAAUUUUCAUCCAGCCACAUUUCUAAACUCUGGCCGCGGAAGCAUCGUUCCUCCCCUAAAAAGAGCAAGGACGGAUUUGCUAGGAUCUAGAGCAUCAUUACCCCGAUUUACAGAAAAAGACCAAGCAUCAAUUGAUUCUCUAUACAAUAAUGGGGAACCAGACAUUUUAAUAUGUGGCAACUGUAAAGAAGUAUUCCCUGGUAUUCACAAAUUGAUUGAACACAAAAAACAGAGCUGCAAACUGCGGUUUACUUGUCGAUGUCAACACACAUCAAGUCCUCCAGGAGCUCCGAUGAUGCCUGUUUGCGCUCAAUGUCAGUCUCGUCAAAACACUUGGUGGGACCUUAUACAGCACUUCCAAACAGCUCACAACGCCAUACUCUACCUCAAAGAUGAAGACUUGGCAGCAAUGGAAGUUUCUCUCGUGAAGGAGGAGGAUGGUUCAACCUGUUCAAACUGCAGUACAUCUGAUUCGAGAAAUGGAACUAGUCUCACACAAGAUUGUUGGGAAGAGCAAAGAGACGCGUCAACAGAGGCUGAUAUCCCGGAAGAAGAAGAUGACUCUCGUCAGCAGCCACCCGCAGAAGAUAAAUCUGUGGACACGACUGACCUGAAAACGUCCUUAGGAUGACUGUCUUAAAAGAUUUAUCUUCAUGAAGCUAAGAGGAACAUUCGGGCAGUCAGCUCUGGAAGCCUCCGAAAUCUCACACGAACAAGUCUCAGGAACCAUGUUCCCAACGCACAUUUUCUUUCGAAAGAAAUAACGAACAAGACGAACAUUCGAAACUUAUUCCUGAGUUUCUAACAAUCUGCGUGCAUAUGUAGCCGUACCAAAGAAAACGUGCUUGGUGUCCCUGUC